AUGGCGGCAGCAGCAUCAGCAGCAGCAGCAGAAAAUAUCAAGUGUGAGGAUCUGGAGAAACUAGAAUCCUUAUGCAAUGCCAAUACACUUUCACUAAAAGGGAAAAGGCUGGAUUUUUCUGGAAGAGGUGACACGCACGUAAGCCUGACCAACACCAUUCCUGAACUCAGCAGAUUCACAGCAUGCGUUGAUCUGCUAUUCAUGGGUGACAGUUCAAGUUAUUGGAUAGCCUUUUCCUAUAUUACUAAUAACCCCUUUCGGGGCAGAGAAGACAUAGACCUUGGACUCGCAGGGAAACAUCAACAGCUACUACUUUACUAUUUAGGCAAGACUUUUUAUAUCAGUUACCAUCUAAUUCCAUUUCGAUGGCAUACAAUAUGCUUGAGAUGGGAUGGUGUGAAAGGCAUACUAGAGCUCUUCCUGAAUAAAAAAAGGAUAUUGAUAGUAAUGGAUCAGCCACACAACCUGACACCUAAUGGGACUCUGGUCCUAGGACACUUUCCGAAGAAUGGAGUUGGCCAGAUUAAAAGUUUGGUACCUCGCUUUACCAUCAGCUUGUACCACUUUCAACUCUGGGACCACAUCCUGGAAAAUGAAGAAUUUAUGAAGUGUUUAAGUGGAAAUGUAGUUAGUUGGGAAGAAGAUGUUUGGCUUGUCAAUAAGAUCAUCCCAACUAUUGACAAGAGACUGCGCUGCUUUGUUUCAGAAAAUAUGACAAUUCAAGAAAUAAGUACAACUCUGUCACAACAAAUAGAGUUAACAACUCCUUCCCAAGUUACUGGACUAAAACCACAAAAGACCAUAUAUUACUCUUCUGUGAUGUCUGAAAGCAUGCCUGUGUUUGCGACAGAUUAUGCAACCAUGUUAUAUUCCAAUACAACACUGCCACCUUCGGAAACAAUUACAUCAAAAAUCUUAAGAACAUCUAUAGCCAAAACAGCUACUUCUACAGCAGAUAUUUCAUCUAGUUCUGCAGCCAUGACUCUGCCUACCCAGAGUACAUCCAUAUGCAAUGCCACUGAUUCCAUGAAAAUAACUAAAUUUACGUCUUCAGAAAUCAUGAGGACAACAAAAAUAGUGGAAGCCAUGGCCACUAAGACCUUUCAUCCAACUACAGCUUCUAAUUUCCUUUCUGCAUCUGGAUUUACUAAGAAUUUAAUUGCACCUCAGACUUCAGCAACUGAAUCUCAGUCAGUCAUUAUGAAAACAGCAUCUUCAUUUUCAACUAGUGAGUCAACAUCCAUGUCUACAACAUCUUGGCCCAAACGCACAUCUACUGAUAUUAAAAUACCUCCUAGCUCCACUUCUGGACAAGAAUUUCUUGAGUCUAUAGCUGCUGUGACUGUACCUUGGUCCACAGUAGGAGGGAAUUCAGGUAAAAGUACUGGCAUUAGGACUACAACAGCAUUUACAUCCAAGUCUUCGCUUAGCUCCACAGCUGCUUCUAUAGAUUCUGUAUUUCCUAGAAAUCAGACAGUAGCUACACUGGCAACAACUGAUAUGAAAAUACCAUUUACAGCUCAUUCAGUGGUGCCUACUGAGACCAUGCCUGCCCUAAUUACAGCAGAAACAGAAUUGCCAUCUACAAACUUCCAGAAUGUCUCUUCACCCCAUGUGGAGGAUGCCAUAUCUACCUUCAUGCCACAAGAGACCUCUUCUAUGGCCCUUUCUCCCGUGACAUCCUUUCCAGUUACUGGAACGCAGAGGGUUCAGACAGGUACCAAUGCUGAGAGUUCACAUGCAACCUUAACUCUUGGAAUCACACAUGCACCGCCAGUGACUGAAACUACAUCCUCCCCCGAAAUCACAGAGCCAGUGAAUACCCAGAAUACACCCACAGCUGGUGACCGCAUGUUCACUUUGAUUUCGGCUAUAUCAGCUUCCACACCCAAGGCAUUUGAAUCAGGCCCCACAUCUUUAACCGAUGAAACAACCCAUUGGUUCUCUUCCAAGGAAACCACUUGGACUUCCAGGCCGAGCCGGACUCUGCUGACAUCUACUAAUACAACCACCAUACUUACAUUUGCAGCUAAUAAAAAUGACACAUCAGCAUUCUAUGGGAGUACUAUUAACACAGAAAAUUCAUCCACAACUACUAAUGUUAUCACCCCACCAGAAUCAUCUAUGGAAAGCAAGGCUAUCACUAGUGCUGAUGCUACUGGAGUCAGAUAUACAACAACUCUAUCCAAACUGGUGUCUCCGUGGCUUGCUAAUUUUUCCACCACUUCUGGAACUGUAUCUGUAACCGAUCUUCCUGAAUUUAAACUCACCACCUUACUAAAAACCAUCCCUAUACCCACAGUAGCUGCAAAUGAACUUCCUUCAACAGGGGAGACUGUUGUCUCACCAGUGGAUAUAGCAUCUACCCUUGCUGACAUUAAACUGAAUUUUUCUACCGAGGAGAGCUCUUCUGAGAUUAUACACACAGAAACGGAUGGUACAAGUGCAUUUGGCGAUACAACAGCCCUUGUACCAAAAUCUGCAACAACACAAAAAUCCGAUGAUACUAUGACAACUAAAGAAAUGACUUCCCAUCAUCUUAAAGGAAAAUCAACUAUAGAAGCAGUAUCUGAGGUUUCUUUGUUUUCAACAGUGCUGGAAGUGACAGAUGAAUCAGCACAAACAGUGACAGCUUCUGUCACUGUUUCCCCUUUCCUUGGUGGAGAAAAAUUGACUACCUCCUUGGAUAAUAAAACUGCUACUUCUGAGCUGGAAGGGAGUUCAUACAAUGGAAUCACAGAAUUCUUUAAUUGGACCCACACCUAUACAGCACACUGGACUCCAGUGACCCCCAAGGGGCAUUUGACUCUAUUUCCCACUCCUGAGAGUACCCAGAUGUUCCCUGAACUCCUGCACAGUUCCACCACAAGGAUAACAGGAACCCCGACAGACAGGACAGCUAUGUCCUUGUCUUCUAGUAUCUUACCACCAAAGGCUGCAGGUACUCAUCCAUCAGCAACUCAUAUACCUAUUACUCACACAUUCUCACUGCCAGUUACUUUCUCUCCUGUCACCUCCAUGGUGAUGUCUGGUGAGACUAAGAUGACUAUGCCUAUAACUUCUAAAGCAGCCAUGGAUUUUCCCACAUCUCUACCCUCAGAUGUCUCAAAUCUGUCAUCAGCUACAAUGUCAUCAGCAAUGGUGCCACCAUUGAGUCAAACAACUUCUAUGACCAAUGAUAUCAUGCCUACACAGACAGAUUCAAUUCAUACCACUUCAGAGGCCAUAGUGAUUUCUACCACAAUGACACCCAUGGAAGUUCCCUCUCAGACAGAAACUCUAGUCCCCUUGCCGAGAUCCCCUCUUCCUAUUACAACUAAGACUAAGGCCACACUUCCCUCCACCUCAGGCAAUGCAGUAACUCCGUCUACACACACUCUUGUUUGCUCAAAACCUGCUGCUGACAAUACUCCUAUUGUGCCUUCUCAUUUGAUCUCAACUGUGUCUACACCAGUAGCAACUCAGUCUGUGUCACAAGUGGAAGAAAUAUCUACCUCUGCUCUUAACUUUCCAUUUACUUUCAGUGGCAAUGGCGAUGUUGCUAGCUUGGCUACUGGCCCCACAGAGACUCCUACUGUCACUGAGACAAUACCUCCGCACACCUCUGCCAACAAACUUACUGCCUCAGUAGACGUCCGUGUUUCUCGCCCUUCCACACAUUUUGUAAACAUGCCAGCCUCCACCCAAUCGGUGACUGGCAUCUCUAUCUUACCUUCUGACAAAGAUCAGAUAAUCAUCUCUAUGGGGAAAACCUCUAGAACUAUGGAGGUGACAGAAAUGUCUCCAUCAAAGUAUUCAUUUAUUUCCAAUUCCCAGAGUACUUCAUCCUUGGAAAUGACUGAUACAGGAUUUUCUGAGACCAGAAAAAUGUCCAGCCACCAAACAUAUUUACCUUCAGAGAUUCCACUUGAAACUUCAGCUGACAGGAAUUCAACUUUAUCUACCACUUCCAAAAGCAUCUGGACUACACCACCCUUGACUUCAAAUAGCACAGUAGAUGUUUACUUUUCAGAAAUGUCUAACAGCCUUGGGAAAACAACUCUGCUGUCACGACCUUUAACAAAACCCACCCUUUUGUUUCCUGAAAAAGUAAGCACAAAUGCCCUUUCAAUUUAUACCCCUGGGACUGUGGAAAUGGUAGUAAAUUCCUCCUCUGUGACUCACCAGGAUGCUUCUUUUGUAGAUACCACAAUUUCCAGUACAACCAGGAUAUCAAAUCCUGAGCUCAUCAACAUAACUCUUCCCCAGUUCUCUUCACUUAACACUCAACCUGAGGUGACUUCAGUUACCUUUUCCAUUUCAGAAAACACACAGACUUUCCCCAAAUCCUUGUCCCCUUCCACAACUGCACUGUCCAAUUCUGAUUUUACAGUUACCUCUACUAAUGGGAUCAGUACAACCCUUUCUGUACCAAAUGUACCUAUACUUCUUGAGGAAACCUCGAUGGCAAUGUCAAUUCCUACUUCCCAGAUGUCCUCAUUGCCAAUUGAUGUCACGGCUUUCACCUCCAAAAAAGUUUCUGACCCUUUCACAAUAAUAAUGAUUAAAUCUUCCAAAACAACUUACCCAGCUUGUUUGAAAAGUCCUUCGAUAGCCACUUCUAGACCUGUGUCUGAGACAACUGCGCUUCCAGUUGAUGACUCUACCUUGUCCUCUGCAACGGUUUCUUCUGACACUUCCACAACACUUGAGUCACUUUCUACUUCAUUGUCUCCAACUACUCCUAGGACUACUGUGACCACACAAGCAUCUUCGUUGAAAGUCACACCUGUGACAUAUCCCGGGAUGACCUCAAAAAGCACGGCAGUUUCUUCUGCUUUCACUACUUCAGAAAUGACAGAAGUGUCCUCCAAGAUCACUCCUACUUCUAUUUCCUCUCCAACAGAGGCAACUUUUGUUUCUAUGAUACCUGUGCCAACCACUAAUAUGGCUGGGGCAGUGACUUCAGUUGUAGACACCACUGCCUCUUCACUACUCAGUUCUAAGAACACUGAAACGCUGCUUUCAUCUACUUCAGAUAAUCAUCAUACUUCCUUAAAUAUUCAGGUUUCCCCAUCUUGGACUAACUUCAGGAGCAUGCCUGGACCCACAGAAAGUAUAAAAGCUACCACUACUUACCUUUCCUCUAAUACAGGAAAGAUGAUUUAUUUAUUAGAAAAUACUUCUUUAACAACUACAUUCAGAAGUGCCACAUCUGAUGAUCUUGUUUUAUACCCUUCAUGGACCCCAUCCAGUGAAACUACACCCUCUUUGACAUCACUUCUUUAUUCAUCUAGCGGUAGUGAAGCUGAGUUUUCUACUCCAAAGAGCUCUCCUACAUCCCAAGUGGUUGGAUUUCCAGUUGUGGGAACAAGAAUCACAUCGAGUAACACCCAGUCUUUGCUUAUGACUUCUUGGAACACACACAGAGCUGAAGACUCUCAGUUUCCUCUUUCCACCCCUGCUCAUAACCCUACACUCAACAAGAUGGAAACAGAGACUAUACAGCUUGUUCCUGGGUCUUUGUCAAUGCUUGCAGCCUCUGGGACUAGUCUAGUCUCUACAGAUGCUUUGGCAGCAUCACUAAGCUCCACAUCAGGAAUUUUGCCUACCUUGGGGAUUUCUGAGAGCCCUUCAUUAUCAACAUCCUUAAGGGCUCUUCCUACUAGUUGGCAUGAUAUUAAGCACACAUUUGACAAAACAACCACAUUUAUAACUCCUGGGAGUACAGUCCCACCAAGUCCUUCUUUAAUCUCCAAGACCACUACUUCACCCAUACUAACUUGGAUUUUAUCUAGUCUUCCACCAGGUUCCUCCCAGAUGACAGUGUCUAAAGUUCCUCAUGCUGUAGCGUCCUCUAUGGUAGAGGCAUCAAAAUCAACACUUCCUGCUUCUGACAUGGCCACAUAUACAUUCACUAACUUUACAAAACUACCAUUUGCUACUGGAAGAACUGUACUCACCAAAAUUACUUCUAUACCUACACUGGGAAGUACCACUAGUGGCUCACCAACUUCUCUGCCUAUGUCUACCAGAGUCACAGAUAUCAGAAUGCACAGUCUCACAUCCCCUGAGACAACCUCCAGAACUAUUAUGACUGACAACUCCAGGACGGCUUUUAAACCUCCAUCCUUCAGUGGAAUGAGUGUAUCACCUUCUAUAACUAAUCGCACUGUAUCUUUUGGUUCCAUGCCACUACCUAGUGCUACAAAAAUAUCUGCAUGGAGCAAAACCCCAGCCACAUCAUCACCCACUUCUUUAAUUCUUCCCAAGUCCAUACUGGACUCCCUUAUAAAUGUAACUACUGCUACAUCUACCCCUACUGGAACCUCAUCUUCAUUCAUGUCUACUGGAGUGGCACAUUCUUCUACAGAUGUUGUAUCUUCAUUAAUCUCUUUGUCUUUUGAGACAACCUGGCUGGACUCCGCAUUUUCCUUUCUAACUACAGAAGCAAUGACUUCACCAAUUGCUAGUGAGUCCAUAGUUUCCUUCUACAAUAUCGAAAUGACAUUGUCUGUCUUUGAUGAAGAGUCAAGGGUCCUUAUUACCAGUAUUAUUCAUGAAUUUGCAAAAGAUUGGUUGAGUUUUAUAUUUGAAGACAGUGAAUUUUGUCUUGCUAAUCUAGCUGUCCAAAUUAAAGGCAGAGGCACUUCUGAGGAAGAAAUGGCCUUGUACUGGAGUAUUUUGGAACAGAGAGAAGGGCAAGCAAUGGCUACAAUUUCCCAUGUACCAUACAGCUGUGCUUGUCAGGCCAUAAUAAAGGCCACCUCCUCUUUGGAACCCAUGGAAUUGAUCAACAAGAUCAGAAAUAAAAUAUAUGGAAACCUCACACAUGGAAACUUCAUACAAGAUGACUUGAUAUUAUUGGUAAAGUCUGACCACAUUGUAAUGAAAAAGCUAGAUCCAGGAAUGUGCAAACCCGCUGAAACUCCCUCUAACUACAAAGGGACAUAUAAGUGGCUAUUAACCAACCCUACUGAGACUGCCCAAACUAGAUGCAUAAAAAAUGAGGAUGGAAAUGCCACUAGAAUCUGUUCAAUCAGCAUCGAAACAGGCAAAUCUCAGUGGGAAAAGCCAAGGUUCAAGCAAUGCAAGUUGCUUCAGAAACUUCCUGAUAAGAUUGUGGAUUUUGCUAAUAUUACCAUAAAUGACGAGAACGCAGAUGAUGUUGCAGAGCACAUUUUAAAGUUGAUAAACGAAUCGCCGCCUCUGGAUGAAGAAGAGACCAGAAUUAUUGUUUCAAAAGUAGACGAGAUUUCAAAGUGUGAUGAGAUAAGUAUGAACAUAACCCAGAUUAUGUUACAAAUAAUCAGCGCUGUUUUAGAAAAGCAAAAUGAUUCAACUUCCAAUCUGCAUCAAGUAAGCAAUACAAUUCUGAGGAUCAUUGAGCGUGCUGGCCACAAGAUGGAGUUUUCUGGGAGGACAGCCAAUAUCACGGUGUCCAGGCUGGCUCUGGCUGUGCUGCGGGCCCGCAGUUUUGAAGGCAUGGCCUUCAGCAUUCACUCCUGCGAGGAUGGCACAAGCCCGGAGAUUUACCUAGGUGCUGUCCCUCCGGGGAGGGUUUUGACUUCCAUAUAUUUGCCUAAGUCACUGAGGGAGAAAAUUCCUCUUAACAACUUACAAACCAUCUUGUUUAAUUUUUUUGGCCAAACUUCACUCUUUAAGACCAAGGAUGGCACUAAAACAUUAACCUCGUAUGUUGUGAGUGCCAGCAUUUCAGACAUGUCCAUUCAAAAUUUGGCUGAUCCAGUAGUCAUCACUCUGCAGCACACGGAAGGAAAUCUGAAUUACCAUCAGCUUCACUGUGCCUUUUGGGAUUUUGAGACUAACAAUGGGCUAGGUGGAUGGAAUUCAUCAGGCUGCAAGGUAAAAAAAACAACCGUAAAUUACACAAUCUGUCUGUGUGAUCAUCUCACCCACUUUGGAGUUUUAAUGGAUUUAGCCAGGUCGGCAGUGGAUCCAGUGAAUGAACAAAUAUUAGUGGUUAUCACAUACACUGGAUGUGGCAUCUCCUCCAUUUUCCUGGGAAUUGCAAUGGUGACAUACAUAGCUUUCUACAAACUUCGAAAAGACUAUCCUUCCAAAAUCCUGAUCAACCUGUGCACAGCAUUACUGAUGCUAAACCUAGCAUUUUUGAUCAACUCAUGGUUUUCAUCAUUUCAGAAUGUGAGCCUUUGUGUCACAGCUGCAGUGGCACUUCAUUACUUCCUGCUUGUUUCCUUAACUUGGAUGGGCCUGGAGGCAGUUCACAUGUAUUUUGCUCUAGUCAAAGUCUUCAACAUAUACAUUACAAAUUACAUCCUUAAAUUUUGCCUAGUUGGUUGGGGACUCCCAGCGAUCACCGUGGCAGUCAUACUCAGUGUGAGAAAAGAUAUAUAUGGGACUCUGAGCCCAACAACUCUGUUUUGCUGGAUUAAGGACGAUUCUACCUUUUAUGCUUCAGUGGUGGCUUAUUUUUGCCUCAUAUUUUUUGUGAAUCUCUCCAUGUUCUGCACUGUUCUUGCUCAACUGAAUUCCAUGAAAUCCCAGAGGCAGAAGACUCGGCGCAAGAUGAUCCUACGUGACCUCAAAGGCACACUAAGCCUGACAUUCUUACUGGGCCUCACCUGGGGGUUUGCUUUUUUUGCCUGGGGACCUGUGAGGAUCUUUUUCUUGUAUCUUUUUGCCAUUUGCAAUACUUUGCAAGGAUUCCUCAUUUUCGUGUUUUAUUGUGUGAUGAAGGACAGCGUGCGGGAGCAGUGGCGCCUACAUCUCCCUUGUGGGUGGUUGUGUCUGGGUAACUUUUCUGAUGGGAGCAGCAAACCUGGGGCAAAUGUUGGGUAUAAAAAAGAGCGAAUGAAGAAGACCUUUGAGCACAAAUUGUUGACUCCAUCCCUCAAGUCAACUGCAACUAGCUCCACUUUCAAAUCUUUAGGCUCUGUGAAAGACACUCCUUCAGAAAUAAGCUUCUCAAAUGGCAGAUGACUGAAGAAGAUCCCUACUGUUUGUCUCCCUUGAGUUGCAUAGUUAUGCUUGAUUGUGUAAGAAGAAUAUUACCUUCAGAAAUCAAAAUGAAUUUUAUUCAACAACAAGAAUUUGUUUUAAAAAAUCAGUCUCAGCAGAGAUGUCUGCUUCCUUACCCCGGGAUUGGAGAAAAUGUUGAAUUUCUGAAACGACCUGCUCCAACCUCGUAUUUAAAGUAUUGUUUUGAAAAGAAAAUAAUGAAAUAAUAUUUAGUGAAUAUUAAAGUCAGAAUAAUCCUCCUAUUGACUGCUACAGUUUCUUUGCUUUUAGAUAAGAUCAGAAUUUUAUGUUAUUCUAGGGAGGAAAGUUUCAUAUAUUACAGAUUUUGUUUCAAAAAUUCUUAA